UAGAGCACAUGCUGAGUCAUGACGAGUCAUGAUAGAGCACAUGCUGAGGUGUACCUGUCCUGUGGGAUUAACUACCGGAGAUUAAUCUCAGAGGAGUUUGUCUCAAGAGUCAAAUGAGAGUCUCAAGUGGAAAUCUUUGUGCGGAUUCAAACAGUGUUCAAGUGGGAGGCAGGGAGGAUCUGGGAGGCCUCGUUCCCUGAAAAAUGCUUGGGUCUGUAGCUGGGCCAGGAUGUUACCCAUUCUGGAGAAGCCAAAGGAUUCUGGAGGCAGAGGUACAAUCAGAUCAGCUGUGAACAGCUUACAUAGCAAAUCUAAUAGAGCUGAAGUUGUAAUAAAUGGUUCCUCGUCGCCAGCUGUUGUUGACAGAAGUAACGAAAGCAUUAAGCACAACAUCCAGCCCGCCUCGGCCAAGUGGAGGCACAACCAGACGCUGUCUCUAAGGAUCAGGAAGCAGAUCUUGAAGUUCUUGGACGCUGAAAAGGACAUUUCUGUCCUCAAGGGGACCCUGAAGCCCGGAGACAUUAUUCAUUACAUCUUCGACCGUGACAGCACAAUGAACGUGUCCCAGAACCUCUACGAUCUGCUCCCCAGAACGUCUCCACUGAAGAACAAGCACUUCCAGACUUGUGCCAUCGUGGGCAACUCGGGGGUCUUGCUGAACAGCGGCUGCGGGCAGGAGAUUGACACACACAGCUUUGUCAUAAGGUGCAACCUGGCCCCCGUACAGGAAUAUGCCCGGGAUGUGGGGCUCAAGACAGACCUGGUGACCAUGAACCCCUCCGUCAUCCAACGGGCCUUUGAGGACUUGGUCAACGCCACUUGGCGGGAGAAGUUGCUGCAGCGACUGCACAGUCUCAACGGCAGCAUCCUGUGGAUUCCCGCCUUCAUGGCCAGGGGCGGCAAGGAGCGCGUUGAGUGGGUCAACGAGCUCAUCCUGAAGCACCGCGUCAACGUGCGAACUGCAUACCCCUCUCUGCGCCUGCUGCACGCCGUCCGCGGAUACUGGCUGACCAACAAAGUCCACAUCAAAAGACCCACCACCGGUCUCUUGAUGUACACCCUGGCCACACGUUUCUGCAACCAGAUCUACCUCUAUGGCUUCUGGCCCUUUCCACUAGAUCAGAACCAGAACCCCGUCAAGUACCACUAUUACGACAGCCUCAAGUACGGCUACACCUCCCAGGCCAGCCCCCACACCAUGCCUUUGGAGUUCAAGGCCCUCAAGAGCCUGCAUGAGCAGGGGGCUUUGAAACUGACUGUUGGCCAGUGUGACGGGGCCACGUAAGCUGGGCACCUCGUGGGACUCAGUGGCUCACAUUUCCUGCCAGCUACACCACAGGCAGAUGGGAGUCGGGGUGGUACAAAUUAUACAACAAGCAGGCUAGUGGUUUUCUUUGUUCAAGUGUAAAACAGUGACCAGAAUAUAUAUAUCUAUACCUGCAUAUAUAUAUUGACCUGAGUAUUUAUAACUGUGUGGUGUUCAUCUAGCAUUAGGCAGAUAAGCCACAGGAAGAAGGUGUGGAGAACCCACCCAAACCAGAUGGAGACUCGGUCCAUCUUUAAGGGCAGAAGGACUUGACAUGAAAAAGAAGCCAGUCCCAUGACUUUGGAUGACAAACUGCUUCCUGGAUUGGAGAGAUCUUUGGGCUCAUGGAUGGAUGGAGAGCCACCUGUUGGCAGCUGCCCCAAGCCUCCGAGAUAUGUGGAUCCUGGGUGAGCCAAGACCCAGAAGGGACAUCUUGACCCAAGUCUAAAAUGGUGCUGUUCAGAGAGGAGAAGGAGGUUGAGGGGUCCAGCCUGGCAGAGGAGUAUAGGGACACUGGGAAGCAGAGGCCGCUUCAGAGCCGUGGGCCUUGUUCCACAAACUUGGAGUUUAACUCUCCCAGGGAUGAUCCCCGGUGGACCCACCUGUCCCAGCCAGGCUUCCACAGCUGUGGAGGGAAGGCUAGAGAAAAAACUAUGGUCAGUGCAUAUUCUGGCUUUGCAAGAACCACCGAGGACCUGGACAGAGCAGGCAGAUGACACUAAAGAGCCUUGCGUUUUUCAAAAUUUGAGACCUCCUGCUCAGGGGAGCACUCCACCCCACAGUAAGGCAGAAGCGUGUCCAGAAUGUGGUGGUUUGGCGGGUGUUCUUUAAAGCAACUAGAGUCCACCAAGGAGCAAGGGGCCCUGGGAUUCCACCCUCUGGGUUAGCCCCCUUCCUGCUCUGUUAGAAUGUCACUGGAGGGACCGGACUGUCCCCUUCUGCCACCGGGGAAGCCAUGGCAAAAGCUUGAAAGGGCACCAUCAAGAUAAAUGUCACCCUUUUUAAAAUAGACAUGAUUGCCUUUCUGGGUGCCUCACAGAGCCCCAGAGCGUGAGACCUGAAAAAAUGUUAAGCACCCAGCUUCAUUUCUCUGUAACUGCUCUGUUUGCUUUCUGCAUCAUGCACUCGGGGGGCCUGUGCAGCCAGACUGCCUGUGUCAAUGUCACUUCCUUAUCAUCUUCCUAUCCUGAUGGUCACAUUAGCCGGCGCUGAGCUCCAACACUGAGGCUUUCAAGUCUGCAGGGAGCGGUUCCAAUGUCCACCUCGACCCCCACCGGCCCACCCUCCCCCACGGAGGCAGUGAUUUUAGAAUUUCACGAAGAUCCUUCUUGCCCCCUAUUAAGAUUAAUAGUUAAGACUUUUUUUUUUUUUUUUUUAACCCAAAGCCAAAUGCAGUAUCCAAAUACUGGACACAAUCUCCCUGGGGAAAUCUGGGCUCCAUGCCAAUCACUUAGGGGCUAGAAUCAGAGGUCACAUAUAGACAAGCAUCAGCCGGCCUGAUUAGUUAGAUGUAUUCCCUCACCUGAUAAAUAACAGUGUUUUCAAACAUAUUUGAAAGAUAAGUAAAAAACCAUUAUCUUGAAGGUGAAGGGAGUUAAGAAAAGUAACCCAGAUCUGCUCCCAAGCGCAUGAGACCGGACAUGAUUAAUCAGCGGCAAUUCAGAAUAGGACGUUGGCUCUAAAUUCAUGACUGAGGGGAAGAAGAGGCUGUGGGAAGGGUACGCAGAACCAUCAACCCCCACACGUGGAUACCCCAGCUCCAAACCGCGACUACGAUUGCCACCCUGCAUCUCUGUGUUUCUUCCCUUGUUG